GGUUUAUUAACGACUACAGUAGUUGCCAACCAAGGGUAUUGAAAAAAAUGACAGAUGAAAAAAGCUAGACCACUCUGCUCAUUGCAUUGCACAAACACUACAAGCACUACAAAUUCAUGGACUACCCAAUUGAGAGACCUAGCCAAACAAGGCGACUACCACCAAGCCCUCCUCCUCUACCGCAGCCUCCUCCGCUCCGGCGACCCCUCCCCCGCUGCCUUCACCUUCCCUUUCGCCCUCAAGUCCUGCGCCGCCCUCUCCCUCCCCCUCCUCGGCGCACAGCUCCACUCCCACGUUGUCAGAGCCGGGUCCCAAUCCGAUCCCUUUGUCCUAACCGCAUUGAUUUCCAUGUACUGUAAGUGUAGGUUCAUCAAUAGUGCACGUAAGCUGUUCGACGAAAAUCCUCUGUGUAGAACCCUGAGUGUUUGUUACAACGCUUUGAUUGCUGGGUACACUUAUAAUUCAAGAUUUUCCGAUGCGAUUACUUUGUUUUGCCGAAUGAGGGAAGUGGGUGUGUCGGUUAACGAUGUUACGAUUUUGGGUUUGGUUCCUGGUUGUACUGUUCCUAACGAUAGGUAUUUUGGGAUGUCUGUUCAUGGGUUUGUUGUGAAAUGUGGAUUGGACACUGACUUGUCUGUGGCAAAUUGUUUGCUUACAAUGUAUGUUCGAUGCGGGUCGAUUGAACUUGCUAGGAAUCUUUUUGAUGACAUGCCUGAGAGGGGGUUGAUUACAUGGAAUGCUAUGAUUUCUGGGUAUGCCCAGAAUGGACUUGCUACUCAAGUUUUGGAGCUUUACCAUGAGAUGGAAUCCUUGGGGAUUUGUCCAGAUCCCGUAGCACUUGUUGGGGUUCUGUCAUCUUGUGCUAACCUUGGUGCCCGCAAGGUUGGUCUGAAGGUUGAACAACAAAUAGAAUCUGGUGGGUUCGGAUAUAAUCUGUUCCUGAAAAAUGCUUUGAUAAACAUGAAUGCUAGAUGUGGUAAUUUAGCAAGAGCUCGCUCUAUUUUUGAUGAAAUGCCAGAGAAAACCUUAGUAUCGUGGACAGCAAUUAUAGGCGGGUAUGGAAUGCACGGGCAAGGAGAAAUUGCAGUAGAAUUGUUUGAUGAGAUGAUCAAGACAGGGAUUAAACCUGAUGGAGCAGUGUUUGUGAGCAUUUUAUCUGCUUGUAGCCAUGCAGGAUUGACCGAUAAGGGCUCGGGUUAUUUUAGUUUAAUGGAAAGCAACUAUGGGUUGCAGCCGGGUUUGGAGCACUACUCUUGCGUGGUGGAUCUUUUGGGUCGAGCUGGUCGACUUGCGGAAGCUCAUGGACUCAUUGAAUCAAUGCCUGUGGAACCUGAUGGUGUUGUAUGGGGGGCUCUUUUGGGUGCUUGUAAGAUCCAUAGAAAUGUCAACCUAGCAGAAUUAGCUUUUAAUCGUGUCAUUAAAUUCGAACCCUGGAACAUCGGCUUCUAUGUUUUGAUGUCGAACAUGUACACAGAGGCAAAGGAUAUGGAAGGGGUAAGGAGGGUUCGAGUGAUGAUGAGGGAACGGAAGCUUAAAAAGGAUCCCGGGUGUAGUUACGUGGAAUACAAAGGAAGGACUCACCUUUUUAUGGUAGGAGAUAGAAGUCACCCUCAAACAGAGGAGAUGUAUAGGAUGUUGGACAGGUUGGAAGGUUUGGUGAACGAACUUGGCAGGUAUGAGAAAACUGAUCCAGCUAGAAGAACUGAAGAGCUUGUAAAUGGGGUGGGAGUGCAUAGCGAAAGGUUGGCUAUUGCUUUUGGGCUUCUAAACUCCGGUUUAGGAAGGGAGAUUCUUGUGAUAAAGAACUUGAGGAUAUGUGGAGACUGUCACUUGUUCAUAAAGUUGGUCAGCAAGGUUGUGGAUCGGCAGUUUGUCAUUAGAGACGCAACUCGUUUCCACCAUUUUAAAGACGGAGCCUGUUCUUGCAAUGAGUUCUGGUGAAACUUGCCUUGAUGAGUUCAAUUGUUUGACAAUCUACAAGUUGGCAGGUUGUUACGCAUCACUCACCCAUUACUGACUUGUAACACCAUUACAAAAAAGGAGAGAAUCUAAUCGAACUACUAAAAAUUUGCAGAGAAGGGUAAAGGCAUUUUAAAGCUGAGAGCAAAAUAUUUCUCCGGAAUUUUCCAUUCUGCUCAGGGUUUUGUGACAUCUAUUCCAGAGGGGAAGAAGCUGUGUUGUAUUUUUAAGGUAGACAGCAGGGAUUUUUCUCACACAAGGUUUUGGAGAUUAAAAAAAUUCCUCCAGCAACUGACUAGAAUGAAAGGAGGUUCUUGUUGCAGAAAAUUAUAUAAAGAGAGCAAGGUAGACGUGAAUUAGGAUUUGUUUUGUCAAAAAAAGAGAGCAUUUCAUGGAAUUCUAAUAUACAUGUAAAUUGCAGAGCUGUACUCAUCAAGAAGAUAAGUUUAAUUGAUCUUCUUCAAGGUCAUCUUUCGUAUACAUGCAUACAUAGGUCUUAGAAGCGUGCAAUUAGCGGUUCAUUGGGUCAUCAACAUGGCUUGAUUGCAUGAAUUGGAAAUACUUGCGCAGCAAGGAUUCACG